UCUCAACUGCUAAUUUCUCAACUGUUUUAAGCCCCAAAAUAAAUACUGCUUUCACUUUACACACAAAAUCAAGAAGACAAACAUUUUAAAGUUUUAAAUAGUGUAUAGUUAGUUGUAAAAUAAUUAAUCCCGAUAACCUGCUCACCACUCUCUUCCCCCCACACUUUCUGUCCCCCUUCUCGUCCUCCUGGAGCAUAAUUAAGUCAAGUUAUUAAACCCGUGAAAUAAUUAGUGUUACAAUUCACGUUUCCAAAAUAGCUCCAUUCAGCACAGCGGUUUAUAAAUUAUUCAAUAAAAUGUCCUCAAAUAUAAUAAAAGGUUUAGUGUCUAAACAAAGGAGAAGAUUUAAACAGGACGGAUUUGAUCUUGAUCUCACUUAUAUUCUCCCAAACGUGAUUGCAAUGGGCUAUCCUGGAGAUAAAAUUGAAGGUCUUUACCGCAACAAUAUUGAUGAUGUUAACAAAUUUUUGGAAUCUAAACAUCCCGGACAUUAUAAGAUAUAUAACUUGUGUGAAGAACGAACGUACAACACUUCAAAGUUCAAAUCCGGCACGGUAGCACAUUAUCCCUUUGUGGACCAUAAUCCUCCUCAGCUGCAGAUUAUUCCUGAUUUCUGCAAUGAUGUGGAUGAAUGGUUGCGCCAGAAUCCUCAUAAUGUUGCUGUCGUACAUUGUAAAGCGGGGAAGGGUCGUACCGGUGUAAUGAUUUGCUGUUACUUGCUUCACUGCGGCAAGUUUUCUACGGCGAGGGAAGCUCUGAAAUAUUAUGCUCAAGAGAGAACGCAUGAUCGCAAAGGGGUCACCAUACCCAGUCAGCAACGGUAUGUCCAGUAUUACGAAGAUUUGAGAAAGCAGAGAACUCAGGGUGGACAUCAGCAUCGAAACAGUGAUAGUAACGGGUGCUUGGGAAAUUUUGAUGGGCUGAUGCUUACGCACGUCCAGGUGAAAGGAACCCUUCUAGAAACCAUGACAUCGAACGACCUCUUAACCGAACUGUACAUCACGAUAACCAAUAACGCCAAAGUGUAUAGCACCUCACCCUUUACCCUCCUAAAUCAACGCAGCCGGCACUGCAGCAAUAAACUCGUGUUGGACAAUCCCAUCCAUGUCACGGGAGACAUGAAAAUAGAACUUUAUUCCAGACCUAAGAUUACACUGACGAAAAAGAAAUCAAAGAUGUGCCAAGCGUGGGUUAACACACAGUUUUCCGAGGAACUUUGUGACCUGCAUUUAGAAUUGGAAGAGGAAUGUCGCAGAAUAAGUACUUCAGUAACAACAACUACACUCAACACAGCUACCUCAUGUGAAAAGAACGGUGGUCUCUCACUAUCCGCGUCUACAACAAAUUGCAUAAAUAAAUUGCACGCUUCCGGUUCACCGGUCGCCAUGUCCUGCCCUCCUCCGAGUGAUUCAAUGAGACCUAGAAUUCCUGAUAUUUGGAAGAGGACCAGCCGAGGAUCUGGCUCCUCUCCCACUUCCUCUACCCAUCCCCCCUCCCCGCUAAACCUUUUACCUCCACCCAACCGCAUAAUAACGUUAACAAAACCCGACCUGGACAAGGCCCACAAGGACAAAGCCAAUAAGAUCUUCUCGCAAGACUUUCAAAUAUCGUUACUCUUUUACUGUAACGUUAAUUUGAGUAGUACGCAGCUUUAAAAAUUUUUAAUUAAAUAAGUAAAACACGGAGGCUACGAGGAGAGAAAGUUAUAUAAUAAUAAUAAUAAAAAAGACCUGAAUUACAAAGGUUAUCAAAUUUUGAAACCUUCACCGUCGUCAAUUUGUCUACUAUAUAAAAAAUACUAUUACUCAAACUCCAAUAGAUACAAAAGUGUGGUGUGUGCGGUAGUAAAAGUAAAGGAAAACAAAAGUGAAAUUACUCACUACUAAAAUCUCAUUCAUUCUCACCAAAUGAAUGAGAUUUACACUGAAAUGUACUACUAAACACGAGAACUUGACACUUGUUGAAACCCAACCACCACUUUCUUCUUCUUCCAUUCCAUUAUUCCAAAGUUAUUACAAGGUUCAAGUUUACGAAUUUACGAUACGAUGAUCGUAGCAGUUAAGUUAAUUACUUAUUACUACUAGAACGUACUAGGGGGACGUAUAUUUGUAUGAUGUGUCGUGAUAUCAAAUAUCUCGAUGAAUAUCACUCACUCACUCACUUACACACACACAUGGAAAGUCACUUUACUACUACUACGAUUAUUUACAAUGAUAUUAAACAUUACUCUUUACUAGCGAGAUGAUGCAGGUCAACUUAAAGUCAUACACACACAUCUUAAUAUGUAGCAAGCGUAACAUGAUCUCUUCUCAAAUUCAAUACCAAACCAAACACCCGAAACAUACAUAAAAUAAAACCAUGAUCUUUGAAAUAAUAGUAAUAAAUAAGAAUAAUAAUAAUAAUAAUAAACUCUAGUAAUAAAUAGUUGAUCUAAUUCAUCUCGUAUGAAAAAAAUAAUAUGCAUGCAUCGCAACUACUUAUCUAUGUAUGUAGUAGUUAAGUAUAAAAGAGUAAGUAAAGUGGUGGUGGUGGUGAUGGUUCUUGUAAUUGAGAGAGAGAGAUAGAGAUGCAAAUGGAAUGGAAACCUGAUUCGAAAGCCUGGGGGAUGUGACAAUAUACGCAAUAAAAGAACGAGACAAGACAA